AUGGGAAAACACAAAAAAAACAGCAGCAGCAGCAGCAGCAGCAGCAGCAGCAAUGGAUUGAACGAUGAAGAAGAAGAAGAAGAAGAUAUUGCUGAUGAUGAUGAUGAUGAUGAGGAGAAUGAAUAUAAAAACAAAAGAAAAUAUAAAACACUUAUUUCAGAUGAAGCAGAAGAGGAAGAAGCAGCAGCAGCAGCAGCAGCAGCAGAAGCAGCAGAACAGGAGAAUAUGAUACUGAGAGUAGCAGCAGCAUCUCGGCCUUUAAGUAUAAAAUUGCAUCCAGCAGCAGAAGCAGCAACAGCAGUGGAGCUGCCGCUGUACUCAGCAGCAGCAGCAGCAGCUCAGCUGCUACUGAAUCCAGCAGCAGCAGCAGCAGCAGCAGUUGCUGCUGCUGCUGCUGCUGUUAUUAACUGCCCUUAA